GCUCAUUUCACGUCAUCAUGGCUCCUUACCCAUUUCUUCUGCCAGCAGCCAUGGCUCCUGACCAAGCUUUUACUCGCAGUCCUUGGUAGUCCCAAUUCCAUGGCUGUCUCCAGUUCUUUUGCAGAAUUUACUUAUCCACUGUAGUUUAAACCUGGAGCUCGUCGUGUCUGCUCAGAAUUCAUGUAGAUUCUUGGCUCAGUUUAGCUGCCUAGGAUGUAGGUUAGGACUUGUCGCGUUGUUUGCUGAGAUCUUGCCGUUGCACACUUAGCUUUCAGCGAUGGAUUCCGAGGGAGCGGUUUCAGCUGCAGCUACUGGCGUACCCGAGUCUUCAAGGGCCAUGAAGACGUACACAACGAGCAAGCUGCUGUCUUUUUCGGAGCUCCCAAGGUGCAAGGAGCCGCCUCCAGGGUUUGAUCCGUCGCCAUGGAGGGUAUUGAUGCAGGGAUUCGUCCCGGUGCCUCAAGGCCCUCAUGGUCCACCUCGCCGCGACUGGAACAACCAAGGGCGCUCACCACAGGCGUACGAAGGGCCUGAGUGGGGGGGGAGAGACGGUCGCAGGUUCCCCGGACCCGGAGGAGCUCCUCCGUACGGAGGGCCAUUUGACUCGGCUCAGAAACCGUACAACGGUCCGGGAGGCCGUGGUGCUGGUGGCCGUCCGAUCUUGGACAAAGCCGGAGGCAAAGCUCCAGACGAUGGCGCGUUUCCGUCAGUUACUGGCCAGGCGCUGAAUCAGAACCAGGGUCAGGGGGAAGGGGAGGAUCGCCGUGUGGGUGGUGGUGUUGCGCCUGGCGGUCUUCGCCCUCAAUCCGCUGCAGCAGCAUCAGCUGCUGCUGCAGCUGGUGUUGGUGGGACUGUCCCAAGGCUGCAACCUGGCUGGAAGACAGACACGAAUUCCCGCUCGCACUUCUUCGAGCAAAGGACUUUCCCCAACAGAGUACCCGUCACGGGCAAGGACGCCAACGGGCCCUCCCCCUCCCCAUCCCCAUCCGCCUCCGCGUCCUCCUUCACGGGGCCUCCUGCCGGCCGGUCGUCUGACGCCAGCAGCAGCUGGAGAGCAGGAGGAGGGAAGGCCGAGGGCACUGCCGGCGUUCCUGUCCACGACUUUGGCCCGGGAACCAGACCAUAUGGUGGUCCGUAUAGUGGCUCGUAUGGUAGGCCUUACGGCCCACAUCAGAGCGGCCCUAUUCCAGGUUCUAUCCCAGGCCCCUCCAGCAGCGGGUAUGGUCCGGAUAAGCCCGCCAGUGAUGCUCCUACCGCUCCUCCGGGGUUUGACGGGCCUGGCCAGGGCUACGGGCUCAGGAGCAGGUACCAGCCCGCGGGGAUGCUGGGCAGGGGCGGGGGAGGGGGAGGAGGGGAUGGCGGAUAUGCAGGUCCUGCGGUCAGGCAGAGGCCAAGAGGAGAGGAUGACUCUUCGCGCAAGCCGUAUGUGCCAGGUGCGCCUCUGAUGGUGGAGGACUCGUUCAACGACGAGACGUUUGGAGGGAGCAGCAGAGAUGGGAGGCGAAUGGAGGAAGAGAAGAGGCGCCGCGAGGAAUUCGAGCAGUUCCGUAGGGCGCAGCACCAGAAGCAGGGAGGAGGAGGAGGAGCAGCAGCAGAAGCGCAGAAACCCCAGUCGUCUUCACCUCUCACCUCCACCGAUGCAGCCGCUGCAGCCGGUACCAGAGCGCCUCUCUCUCAGGCAGAGCUGCAGCGCAGGAGGCACGACGAGAACUCUCUCUGGGACGCCCCCACGCUCUCAGCAGACCACUCAGCGGACCAGGGGGGGCGCUCCGCCUAUCAGGGCCGGUCACCAGCCGACCAGGACGACUCUGAGCCUCUCGGCUCGCCCCGUGCCACAGAGGAUUUGGAUCUUGAUCCUAGCGAAGCAGCUGGCUUGGCAGCAGCAGGGUCAGCAGCAGGGGCAGCAGCAGGGGCAGCCGCAGGAGCAGCUGCAGCAGCAGGGGGUAGGGAUGUGCAGGCAGGGGGGCCAUUGGCACCAGCAUUGUCGCCGUCUGUGGCUGCUCUCAUGGGCCUGGCGCCUGCAGUUCCGCCAGGCUUUCCCAGUGCAGGUCCUCUGGGGAUAAAUGCUGCUGCUGGUGCGCCUGGGGAGGGAGAGUCUGCAGGGGGCGGAGGGGCAGAGGGAGAUAAGCUGGUUGCGUGGCUGGGAGGGAUCAUGGCUGGGAAAGGCCCUGGUGCUGGUGGCGCUGCUAGUGUUGGUGCGGGUCUUGGUGUUAGUGUUGGUGGUCGUGGUGCUGCUGCUGGUGAUGGGGGGAGCGGGGUGGGAUCCUCUGUGCGUGGGUUCACUCCGCCUGCGAUCCCACCUGCCGCGGCUUCCCUGUCUCUCGAGGAGAUCGAGAGGGAACUGCAGCAGUCAGCGCGUGCAGAUGCAGAUCAAACCGGGGAACCAAGUGAACAGAGCGAGCAACACGAGCGAAGGGAGCAAACUGAUUCGGUGCAGGGAAGGGGGGAGGAGGGGCAGCGCCUCUCAGUGAACGACCUGUUUGCGGGGUCUGGGUCGUCAGCAGGAGCGGAGGGGGCGUCAGGAGGAGGAGGAAAGGCGCAGGGUGGGUUAUUGGCUUUGAUUGGACGUGUUGCCUUGGCCUCGGACCUAGAGGCGGAUGUUGGGGUCGAUUCUGCAGCAGGUGUUGCUGGGGGGAAUGGUGCUGCUGCGGUGGAUGGUGUUGUGGCGGACGCUGCAGCCUUAGAUGCUGCGGCUCGUGCUGAAGAUGGAGUCUCUGUGAAUGCCGCUGUACCUCCCACCGCCCACCCUCCUAUCCCUGCUGGCUCUACCUCCCCCAGCUGGUCCCUGCCUCCAGAAUCAGCGCUUUUUGAACCCUCCCCAGACAAGAAGGGCCACAGAGCCACAGAGACAGCAGAAGGGGAAGUCCCCCCUGCAGACGUUACACCUGAUAUGGUGCUGGGUUUCGCGUCUCCUUCUGCUGCCGAUGCCACCUCUGCUCUGUCCAAACUCCUCACUGGCAGUGGAAGCACCAACAGCAGCAUCAGUGGCGGUGGCGGCAUGGGCGCUGGGUUCCAGCAGAGGGACAUCUGGGGAGGAAUGGGCUUUGGUGCUCUCUUGGCCGGGGGCGGAACCAGCGCCUCAGCUUUCCCUACCAGUCAACCUGGCCAACCCGGUCUUGACUGGUCCUCUGUGCCUCUAGGUUCGAGCGGGCUGGGCUCUGGAGCAGCGUGGGGGGCAGCAGGGACUGGAAAAGGGUUGGUGGAGGGUGAGGGCGGGCAGGGGUGGGGGAGAGGAGAGCCUGCUGGGAGCAAGAGUGGGAGGAAAGAAAACGGGCUUGAUGCGUCUCCUUCUGCUGCUGCUGUUGUCACAACUGCUGCUGCGGCUCUGCUGUGGGGUGAGGGAGGAGAGGGUGGGGGAGAGGGUGGGGGCACACCAGAGGCCCUGAUGGAGCUGUUGCAGGGGCAUAAGCAGGCGCAGCAGGCAGGGGGAGGUGUGGAAGGCGGAGGGCAGGAGGGGCUGUCUGGAUUGUUCGAGAAAGGGUUGUUAACGAACGGAAUGGGAGGGAGGGGGGAGGUGAAGGGGGCUGGCGCGUUGAGUGGAAGUCGUGCAUUCGCUGAGGAGCGAGAGACCAACGCUUUGAGCGGCGUCGCACUCCUAACGCAGCUGUUCACCAAUCCCAAGAGCUACGAAUCGAGCACGCUGGGAGAAGGGGAGACGCUGGGGGUGAAGCUGGCGAGUAUUCAGAGCGCCCUGCAUCAUGCCUCCGCCUCAGGACCACCAGGCAGUCAGCCGUCACUCCCGUCUGCCCACGAUGCUGCAGCCAUCGAAUCUCUGCUGGAGGCUCUCUCCCUGCAAGCUGCCCCACCCAGUGGCGCUGCUGCUCCUCCCAGUGCUGCAACUGCAGCUGCGAGCUCAACAGUAUCCAGGGGCAAUGGGAGCACCAGCACGAGCAGCGGUGGUGGCAGGGUUUAUGAGAGCAGGAGCAUCCCCCUGGCGAGCCUGUUUGGGCCGAACGCAGCAGCUUCGUUUUCCAAGCCUGGAGCUACCAGCACUCCACAGACCAGCACCACGAUCAGUGGCAUAAGUCUCGCCAGCAGCACCAGAGCCGCUGGUGGCAGCAGCAAUGGCCAGGGGCAAGCGUAUGCGCCAUGGGUUAACAAGCCUGGGGCAUUGUUAGGAGGGGCAGGUUCAGGGACUCUGUCUGUUCCGCUCGGCGUAGGGGCGCCUGUCCCACUGCCGGGUGGUCCAGGCCUUCAGUCUUCUGUGCUGCCCAUGCCGGUAGGGCCCAGCCUAGCAGACAUUGAGCGAGGGGACCGGGGGAGGAGUGUCAGCACUGCUACUGCCUCACUUCCUCUUGCUGCAGCCUCGACUGCUGGGGAAUCUCUGCCUUUCCCCCUCCCUUUCUCCACUCAGCCUACUUCUAGGGGGCUUACAGGCGCAGUGGCAGGGGCAGGGGGUGGGGCAGGUGGAGGUGAUGGGGCAGGGGAAGGGGGAGGAAGAGCGCCACUGCCAGCAAUGCCGGCAAUGGUGCAGUGGCAGAGCCUGGAGGAGAUAGAGGCGUCCCUGCUGCAGUCAGCAGAUAAGCAAGGGCAGGACGGGCAGGACAGGCAGGAUGGGCGCGACAGUCUAGGUGGGAGCACUGCAUGCCUGACAGCAGGCAAUGCAGGCUCAGGUGGCGGCCCCACCCCUGCUGAAAUUACUGCUGGGGGCUCAACAGGCACUGUCGGCAGCGUGGGAGGUAUUUCCAGUGCCCAUGCCCCUGCUGCCCAUGCUCCUUCUGCCCAUGCUCCUGGCCUAGGGGAGCUGCUGCUGCCUGGGCUGGUGGGGGGAAGUGGAGGUGCGGGUAGUGGGAGUGAUGGUGCUAGUGAGAUCAGAGAGGGGGGUGGGGGUGGGGGUGGGGGGGGGCAGAUAGGGCAGGUAUCCUUGGCCGCUAUGUUCAGUCAGCAGGCAAGCGGGCCUGGGCGUGGGCGUGGGUCUGAUGAGGCGUCUUUUGCCUCCAUGCACCUGCUAUCGCUGCUGUCUGGAGGGCCAGGUGGGGAAGCAGGAGGUGGAGGAGGGAAAGCAGGAGGGGCAGGGGGUGAAGCAGGAGGGGGAGGAGGGGAGGGAGGAGGAGUUGUGCCAGAAGCCAGUGCAGCGGAAACAGAGGUGUGCGAGGGUAGAGGAGGAGCGGCUGGCGAUAGUGGUGCCAAAAGGAGCGGCAAGAUGCCCUCGGAUGCAGGUGAAUGGGAAGCAGCAGGUGAAGGGGCAGCAGCAGGUUAUGUUGAGACCUCACUGGCAGGCCGUCAGGCUGAGCAGGUGCAGGGUGUUGACAAAGUGGAGGGCAAAUUGGUGCCUCAACAGCGCCUAUGUGAUGGAGACUCGGCUGCAGCAGCAGUCCCAGCUUCAGCAGCAUUGGCAGCUUCAGCAGACCCAGCUGCUGCAGCAGAGGCGGGCAAAGAGGUGGUUCAAUUGCGCAUGGGUGAUGGUGACCCAGCUGCAGCAGCAGAGGCAGCAGGAGGUGGGGGCAUCGAAUCUGGUGGCAAUGCAGCAGCGGUUACAGCAGGGGAGGAACAAGAAGCAGGGGAGGAAGGAGAAGCAGGGGAGGGGAAGGGAGCUCGGUCCGUGGACGCCCUGCAAGGGAGGAAGCAGGUGGGAAGGCAGGCCCCGCAGCAGCAGGUGCAGAAACCAGGCAUUGUGAAGCGGCUCUUUGGGUUCUUCCAGGGCAAUUCUUCCUCCUCCUCCACUUCCUCCCCUGCUGCUGCGGAUGAGCCGAAUCAGCAGGAGAAGCAAGACUCAGCUGGGGAUGGGGACAAGCAGGGACGUGCAAUAGAGCAAGAGAUGGAGGCAAAAUGGGAGGGGGGGGAAGCUGCCAAUGAAGCGAAGCAAGAGACUCAUUCCGCGAGCGAGAUAAGCAGUGAGAGUGUGGGUGAGCGUGAUGCUGAAACUAAGCCAGGGGUUAAGCCAGGGGCUGAGCCAGGGGUUGAUGUCAAUGGUGAGGAGCACAAGGAUUGUGAAGCGGUGCAGAUGGGUGGAAAGGAAGGAAAGACCCAUGGUGAUUCAGGAGAGGCUAGGGGUUUGGAGAGGCAGGAGGAGAUGGAUGAGAGUGAGCCAGGCAGUGGCAGUCAGGAAAAGGGGCUUCAUGCUGUCUGUGGAUUAAAACCCUCACUGGAACAACAGCAGGACCAGCAGCAGCAGCAGCAACAACUCUGGUCCCCUCCCUCCGUCCCCAUGCCCUUCCCCAUAAACCCAUCCAUGUCCCCGUCUCCUCAGCACCAUCCGCUCCAUCCGCCGCCAAACCCCCAUCAGCCGCCGUUCACCCACAUGUUACAGAGUGGGGGCGAUUCCUUCCCACAUGCUGUGCCGGGUAAUGUCAUGCCACCCUGGGUCCCACCACUCGAGCAGCAGCAGCAGCAACAACAGCAGCAACACCAUCAGCAGCAGCAACAGCAGCAGCAGCAGCAGCAGCAACAGCAGCAGCACCAUCAGCAACAGCAGCAGCAGAUGCCUCCCCAUGCGCCCAUGCAACACCAACCCGGACUUAUCCCCUCUCCAUUCCCCCCAGGACUGGCCUUCCCCACCAUGCCUCCCCCAGGAAUGCCUCCCCAAGGCAUGCCUCCCCAAGGGGUGCCUCCUCAUGGCAUGCCUCCCCCUGGCAUGUUCCCACACGCCAUGCUUUCCCAUGCAAGAGGGCCAUUCACCUUCCUACCCCACCACUUAUCGCCCCAUCCCCCCACCCACUCUUCCCCCUCCCCUUUCUCCUCCCCUCCCCCGUUCUCUGGCGCGCCUCCCCCUGACCGUCCCCUCCUCCACUUCUUCCCCCCCAUCGCGGGUUCCCCCAGUCGCCCCCCCUAUGGCCCCCUUCCCCCUCACGAAAACCCUCCUCACAGUGUUGGUUUUUCACCGCACUCCACCGCUCCUCACCCUUCUCCACUGUAUGGUGGCGCAGGAGCCAGUGGCUCUUCCCCCCCUCAUGGGGGAGACUCAAGUGCCACUGGUGAAGGAGGUCGAGAUGGUCAGGGGGAUCAAGGAGGGGGAGGAGGAGGAGGAGGGGGAGGGGGGGGAGCAGCAGCAGCAGGGGCGCUUCUCUCACUACCGCAUCCGCAGCAGCAUCCACAGCAGCUCGCCCCACACUUCAUGCAAACCCCACCCAGGCAGCAGCAGCAGCAGCAGCAGCAUGCUGGCGUUCAGUCUGCUCCAGGCACUCCCGGGCCCUCUCCACACAGGCCCUCUCCGCACGCACCUCACAUGUCCCUCCCAUUCCCCCAUCCCCAGAGCCCCUUCGCCCACCACCAUCCCCACAUGCCGCACCCUGCUUUGGUAUUUUCUCCUGUCCGAUCUCCCAUGCACGCACCCAUCCACGCACCCAUGCAUCAACCCAUGCACAUGCCUAUGCCCAUGCAUGUGCACAUGCACAUGCCCAUGCACCCCUCGAUGUUGUCCCAGCACACCGGCCCCUCUCCUCCUCCUCACGCCUCUGCUCCUGCUUCUCCUCCUGCUGCCGCUCACCAUCCCAGACAGUGACCUUGAGAGUGCCGUCAUCAAGCUCCUGAGAGCUACCGGGACUUGUCUCACAACAGUACAAGAUCUCCUGCUUCUCCUCCUCCUGCUGCUCACCAUCCCAGAUAAUGACCUUGAGAGCACAAUCAUCACGCUCUUGAGAGCUAACGGGAAUUGUCUCACAACAGUACAAUAUCCCCUGCUUGGGUCGAUCCUUGCUGCGAUGCAUGUCCAUUUGCUCUGUAUGCCCACCAGUGGUGCAUGUCCAUCAUUGACUCACAGCCGACGUGUUGACCUCUCUGGUCGCCGUGCACCAUUUCCUUGACUUCGUGUCUUGCCUCUGCAUCACUUGGUGUUCUGGCGCGGUUGUUGGCUGCUUGCAAGCCUCUCCUUCGUUUCGAAGUCUCUUUCGUUCUCCCUUCCACAUGAAAACUUCAGGUUAUGACCCUUUUCUGUGAUUACAGGCAUGCUUUCACUCGUCUGGGGUUUGCUCUGUGGUUCACUCAGUUGUGUAAUCCGCCACUCAUUGUUGCAAACUAUGUGGAUAUAAUG